AUGAUGCAGCUGGUACCUAUCGUUUGGAACGCACAAAAUAUAUCAGAGAUAACAGGAUCAAUAUCUAUUGCUUGUUGGGUUAUUGUCUUUGUUCCUCAACUUUAUGAGAAUUUUAAGAGACAAUCUGCAGAAGGUUUAUCACUAUUAUUCGUUGUUCUAUGGCUGGCAGGUGAUGUCUUCAAUUUACUAGGUUCUUUGUUACAGCAUUUAUUACCAACUAUGAUUAUCUUGGCCGCAUAUUAUACAAUAGCUGAUAUAUUGUUAUUAUUACAAUGUUUGUGGUAUGGUACAGAGGUUGAAGAAAAUUUAAAUUUGAUAAAUUUCUCCCCUGCAAAUCCAAUAAGUGAAAAUGUUUUACAAGACGUCUUCAACGAACAACAACCUCUACUAAUAUCCCAUAAUGAUGGACAUGCCACAGAUGAUGGUGUGGGUUUACGAAAUAACCGUAACAUAAACGUCUCGAUGCAAUACAGUUCUAUAAGUGAGGUUAUUGAAGACGAACAAGCAUUUAAAAAAGAGAAACAAAAUGUUAUUAGUGACGCUCUGAUUGUGACAACUGUUGUUUUUGGUGGGUUUUUGGUAUGGUAUAUUCAAUAUUGUUCGAAGUAUAGUGACGGCGGUAAUAAUGGUGGUGAUAUUGAAAAACCUGCGCUUGAAUUAAAUAUGUUAGCUCAGUUUUUUGGUUAUUUAAGUGCAGCUUUGUAUUUAGGUUCAAGAGUUCCGCAAAUAUUAUUAAAUUAUCAGAGAAAAUCAUGUGAAGGUGUAUCAUUUUUAUUUUUCUUAUUUGCAUGUCUCGGCAAUACCACAUUCAUUGUUUCUGUUUUAUCGAUUUCACUAGAUUCAUUUUAUAUCCUUGUUAAUUUGUCCUGGAUUUUGGGUAGUUCUGGUACUUUAAUAAUGGAUUUUAUUAUAUUCAUUCAAUUUUUCUAUUAUAAGAAAAAUUCUACUGAUUCUAAGAAUACGAAUGUUCAUAAUGAAAAUGACAUUCAACAGCUAGCAUAA